AUGGAAAAGGAUAUCUGUGAUCUUUCUCCAACAUCGGAUGGUGAUAAUGGCAACUCUACUGAGAAAAGGCUCAGAUUAUUUGGCUUUGAGCUAAACCCUUCUAAAGAGGGUUGUGCCAAAGAGUCUGGUGAAGGAGAUGAAAGUGUAAACUCCUCUAACUCAGUCUCAUCAGCAGGAGACAAAACAGUGCAAGAAAAAACCUCAGCCAAAGACCCAGAUGAGAAGAAGUUCGAGUGUCAGUACUGUUUCAAAGAAUUUGCAAACUCACAAGCAUUAGGGGGCCACCAAAAUGCUCACAAGAAAGAGAGAAUGAAGAAGAAGAGGUUGCAGCUUCAAUCUAUAAACCGUUACCUCCAACACCCCUUCCAAACCAACCAUGGUUUUGCUUACCAAGCCUCAGAUAGUCCUUGGUUCUAUGACCCCUCUACCUAUAAUUCUGAGUUCACCCUUUGUGAAGAACCUCAGAUUAGCUUCAAUUCAAAUGUUUUAGAUACCAACUUUUCUUGUGCCCAAAAAUCUAGUUGGUAUUCUCUGCCAUCACACCCACCUUCACAACAAGAUACUUUCAUGUUCACUUUCUCCAAUGCAAAUAAUACUAGUCCUUUCAUCCACAAGCCUUGCCACUUCCCUGCUUCAAACCAGAGCCAUAGUAAAGCCCUAGAUCUUAAACUAGGCCUCAAUUUGGAGUCAAAUACAAGAAGUUCUCUAAGAAGGAUGUAA